AUAAAUGCAGGGAUCAGAAACAAAUUCAGAGACCUCUAACCCAUAUCUCCUCAAAGAGGAUAAAAAGGAGGCUAUGAAGAAUAAUUUUGAAAAAAAUUUGAGUUAUAGAAAAGAAAAAUAUGAGCAAAUAAUAAAUGGUAAUGAAGACCAAUGGACCACUUUGAAAGAAAUCGACUUAUCUGAUUCUAAUUAUGAUGAACUUCAAAUGGAAUCUCAGCACUUUUAUGAAGCGCUCCAGAAAUCACAAGGAGAAAAUCAACUGAUUCAAAGAUCCAUCAAGAAAGAGUUCUAAUGAUAUAAUAUAUCAAUCUGAACCAAAAAUGAAUUUUGAGGCAUCUCCUGCUGUAAAAGAAUUUUCUCAAGUAAACAAGAUGUCUGCUGACUUCUCUGAUGCACCCUCUAAUAUUCAGAGCGAGAAUACUAAAGAAGAUGAGGAUAUAAUUCCAAAUCUGGAGGAUUUGCCCGAUCAGAAUGCUAGUGAGGGUCAUAGUGAAAGGAGGAAAAGUAUCAUCCAGGAAAAAGCGACUAAAGAUAUCAUUUUGGAAAAAAUCUUGGAAGAAUUUAAUAAAAAGAUUUAAGAAUGAGAACUCUAAACUGUCAAAAGAACAUAAAGCCUGCACAAGUUCGGAUAAAGCUUUCUGUAAUAAAGAUGCAAAGAAAGCAGAUGAUCAGAAGAGAUCUUUUCUGAGAGCUUGCAGAUCUAUUGUCCGCUGUGUUAUUCAUGAAUCUACCUCACCUCAUUACAGAAGAUUAGAUAUGCUGGAGAAUUUUGAGCACUUCAAAAAGUUUUAUUCACAAAUUUUUGAAAGGGUCUUUGCUCCUUUUAUACUUGAAGAUGACAUGUUGGAAGAUAGAGAAAUAAUCUUUCUCGAUUUUAUUUUCCUUGCUUGCAAAAUAAAGUUGAGACCAAAUAUAGACAAACUUGUAGAAGAGAGCCCCUUGUCUCCAGAGGUUAAGGAUAUUUUCAUGAACCAAGAGAUAAGCUGCAAGACUUCGACAGCAAGUUUGAUACAGCUUUCUCAUAGAAAUAGAUGCUUUGCAAAAAUUAUUGCAAGAUUUCUAAAAGUUGAGGAGGCUUUAAAAAUUCUUGGAAAGGAAGGGAUCCAAGAUUUGCAGACUAGAUGCUUUAGUCUGUUCUAAAUCUCUAUUUUUACUACUAAGUGGCUUUCAAGCCCUAUUACGUC